AUGGAAUUUAUCGAUUACAAAGGUACUUCUAAGCAGAAGCAUGUAGAUGAUGAUUUGACCAAAAAAUGCGUAAAAUGUUCCUUUAGACGACAUCACAAAGAUGCUGAUUCUCAACACUGUGUAUAUUGUGAUUUAUUACUUCAAAUACCACAAAGUGAAUAUGUUCCAUAUGAACAUUUUAUUAAUAUUAAAUAUCUUUCCGAGGGAGGUUUUAGUAAAAUAUAUAAAGCAACUUGGAAAGAUGGACCAUUAACUUCAUGGUAUUCAAAGAAACAAAGAUUUCACAGGCAUAAAAAUUGUACAGUUGUUCUUAAAAGUCUUAAUGAUUCUAAAUAUAUCGGAUCUGACUUUUUAAAUGAGUAUUUUAAUUCUUGA